UGUAUAGGGGAGUUCAUGACAGCGCCUCCGCUCUGGAUAUCACGGCGCGGGUUCGGCUUCGCUGACAAGGUUCGCGGCAGGGUGACUUCUCCCCUUCCUCUUUGUUCCCGUGUCGAGCGGAGGGGCUUCAGCAUUAAUCCCCUCCUUCCUCUCCUGCGCCCCGCUUCAUUUGGGGCCCCAGCUAUGCUAUUGUACAGAACCCGGGACGAGGCUUCCCAGUUCCUUCGGCAGCGGCACCGCCGAGCCUACCAGAUCUUCGAAGAGACCAAGCAAGGCCAUCUGGAGCGGGAAUGCGUGGAGGAAUUCUGCAACAAGGAAGAAGCCCGGGAGGUGUUUGAGAACGACCCUGAGACGGACUAUUUUUACCCGAAAUACUUGGCAUGUAUUCACAAGUAUGGGUCACCAUAUAUAAGAAGUCCAGAUUUCCAUACAUGCGUGCAUAACUUGCCAGAUCAGUGUUCUCCUAACCCAUGUUAUAAGGAUGGUACUAAAGUAUGUGAAGACUUGAAAGGUAGCUAUUUUUGCCAUUGCAGAAAAGGCUGGCAAGGAGAAAGAUGUGAGAACGAUAUUAAUGAAUGUGCUGAUCAGAAUGGUGGCUGUAAACAGGCAUGUUACAACAAGCUGGGCAGCUAUCAUUGUGCUUGUUAUAGUGGCUACGCUCUUAUGGAUGACAAUAAAACAUGUGAAGAUAUAGAUGAAUGUGCAGUAUCAGCAGGGAUCUGUGGAGAAGCUCGGUGUAAAAAUUUGAUAAGUUCUUACAUGUGUGUUUGUGAAGAUGGUUACAUAUACAAUGAUGUAAAAAAGGUUUGCCAAGAUGUGGAUGAAUGCGAACAGAACUUCUGUGAGCAAACGUGUGUCAAUUCACCGGGAAGUUACACCUGCCACUGCAAUGGAAGAGGUGGAGUUAAGCUCUCCAGUGACAUGAACACCUGUGAGGAUAUUUUGCCAUGUGUAUCUUUUGCUACUGCAAAAAGUGUUAAAUCCCUCUAUCUUGGAAGAAUGUUUAGUGGUACACCAGUCAUCAAACUGCGUUUUAAAAGAAAACAGCCUGCACGUCUUGUGGCUGAAUUCGACUUUAGAACCUUUGACCCUGAAGGUAUUCUUUUCUUUGCUGGAGGCCAUCGAGACAGUACAUGGAUAGUAUUGGGUUUGCGGAAUGGACGGUUAGAACUGCAGCUGAAGUACAAUGGAAUCGGCCGUGUGACCAGCAGUGGACCAAUGAUCAACCAUGGAAUGUGGCAGACAAUAUCUGUUGAAGAACUGGAAAGAAGUUUGGUUAUAAAAGUCAAUAAGGAUGCUGUUAUGAAGAUAGCAAUCUCCGGGGACCUGUUUACUCUGAGCAGAGGUCUCUAUCAGCUUAACCUAACAGUGGGAGGUGUUCCUUUUAAGACCAAAGAUCUUGUCCAGCCCAUUAACCCUCGCCUGGAUGGCUGCAUGAGGGGCUGGAAUUGGCUGAAUGGUGAAGAUAUGACUAUUCAAGAGACAGUGAGACUGAAUGACAAAAUGCAGUGCUUUGCAGUUGCAGGAAGAGGCUCUUUCUACCCAGGCAAUGGUUUUGCAGUGUUUAAUCUUAGUUACGCCCACCCGCUUGACAGCAAUGAGACCAAGAAGCAAUGGGAAAUAAAAUUAAAUAUUCUAAUUCGGCCGGCCACAGAUACCGGGGUGCUAUUUGCCUUUGUCAGUAGUGAAGCAACAGUCCCUUUGUCAGUGGCUCUGAUAGACUUUCAUUCCACAAAGAGGCUAAAACAACAGUUUGUCGUCUUGGCAGUGAAGAACACUGUGGUGUCCAGACUGGCAGUAAGCAUUUGUGAUGAACAGGAACACUUGGUUGAUAUCGCCAUCAGCAAGGGCCAGAUAUUGUUGACUGUUGAUGGGACAGCAGGACAGAAUGAACUAAACCAUUCAGAGCUAGAAGACAACUUGUCUGUCUUGGAUGAUUACCUUCAGUCAUCUGUAAAGACCUAUGUAGGAGGAUUGCCAGAUGUUCCUGUCACUUCAACUCCAGUCACCGCUUUCUACCAUGGCUGUAUGACAGUGAAAGUUAACAAGCAAACUCUGGAUCUAGACGAGGCGCUUUACAAGUCCAAUGACAUCACAUCUCAUUCUUGCCCUCCAGUAAAGACUGCUCAAUAGGUCCCUCUGCAACACACAAAGGCUUUAUAUUCAAAAAAAGUUCAUUUCAAUGCUUUCCUUUUUAUAUACAUAUAUAUAUAAAGAUAUAAAUUAUUCAGACUUCCAGCACUGCGUGUAUAGUUCUCUUGGACACUGAAGUUAUGUAGGAGCUACUGAAACUCAAAUGUCAGAUUAAUUAUUGAAAUAUUUUCUUGCUUGGAAGGGUUUAAAAUGUGUAAUAUAUUUGUAAAUAGUUAAGAAGACUAAUAUUGAUAACCCAAAUUUGCAAAUGCUUGCCUAAGGUGAGUGGCUAAGAGAGAUCAUACCUGUCAUGUGGCAACUGGUAAUAUAUUCUGAGUGGACUGGAAGAUUAAACAUAGUAAUGUAUUUUUUUAUUACCAAAUGCUGCUUCCUGACUUACAAAAUACGAAAGAAUAAAACAAAAAAAACUUUUUAAGGAGUUACCUGAAGUAA